CGUUUGCUCCAAUCACCAGGGGAGCCACCAACAAAGCCGCAGAGAAGGGAAGAGGCUCCGGGCUCAUUACCCUCACCGCACCGACCCCUGCAUCCUCAGCCAUGGGUGGCUUCACACUCUGGGCGAAGUUACUGAUUCUCUUGUGUUUUAUAUCUUUUACGUUAGAGCUUGAAGGCGAAGAGGAGAUCGAUCUAUUUUUAGCGUUCAAUGAGGAGGUCCCUCUUCAGCAUUCUGCGACUGAUUCAUGGACCCACAACAAGCCCGCUCCCUUCCACCGAUCCAACAUAGAUGCUUGGAGGCUGCCUGGCCAGUACAUAGUAAAGUUGAAAGAGAGUGCUCACAGAUCCCAGACAGAGCGCACCAUACACAGACUCUGCACUAAAGCAGCCAAGCAUGGUUAUAUGACAGAACUUGUUCAUGUUUUCCAUGAGGUCUCCAGGGGCUUUGUCAUCAAAAUGAGCAGCGACGUGUUAGACAUGGCACUGAGAUUACCUCAUAUUGAAUAUAUCGAAGAGGAUUCAUCCUUGUUUGCUCAGACUAUUCCUUGGAAUCUAAAUCGCAUUGCUCCUUCAGACCAGAGAGUGGAACAGUAUAUCCCUCCAAAUAAUGGUGAUCUGGUGGAGGUUUAUUUGCUUGACACUGGUGUGCAGAGCAACCAUCGAGAGAUUGAAGGGAAAGUCUUAGUUACAGAGUUUGAGAAUGUCCCAGAGGAGGAUGGUACUCAAUUCUACCGCCAGGCUAAUAAGUGUGACAGCCAUGGAACGCACACUGCGGGAAUAGUGAGUGGGCGUGAUUCUGGGGUAGCAAAAGGAGCAAAUGUCCGCAGUGUGAAAAUUCUGAACUGUCAGGGCAGGGGGACUAUAAGUGGAGCACUGGCUGGUUUGGAGUUCAUCAGGAAAACUCUAAUUCUCCAGCCCUACCGACCUUUGAUUGUGCUGCUGCCCUUUGUAGGGGGAUUUAGCAAGACCUUGAACGCAGCAUGCAGACUAUUGGCACGGACAGGUGUAGCAUUAAUUGCAGCAGCUGGGAAUUACAAGGGGGAUGCCUGCUUGUAUUCACCUGCCUCAGAACCAGAGGUUAUCACUGUUGGCGCUACUAAUAAUAACGACCAGCCAAGCAUCACUGGAAACAUGGGAACUAAUUUUGGCCGUUGUGUUGACCUUUUCGCUCCUGGUGAUGACAUCAUCAGUGCUUCCAGCGACUGCAUCACAUGUUUCACCUCUAAGAGUGGAACGUCACAGGCUGCAGCUCAUGUGGCAGGCAUUGCAGCAGUGUUAAUGAAUGCUGAUCCCAAUAUAACUGUAUCCGAAUUACGUCAGAGACUAAUUCAUUACUCCACAAAGAAUGCGAUCAACGAUGUGUGGUUUCCAGAGGAACAAAGAUUCAUCACACCCAACAGAAUUGCACGAUUGGCUUCUCCUGUACUAACGGAGAACCAACUGCUGUGCCGGACAGUAUGGUCGAAGCGGUCAGGCCUUGCACACUCCGCUAAAUCCGUAGCGCACUGCAACAAGAAUGAGGAAAUGUUCAGCUGUUCAAGUCUUUCCAAGAAUGGAAAAAGAAGGGGUGAACAUAUAGAGGAAACCCAAGGGAUGAAGAAGUGUAUAGCUCACAAUGCCUUUGGCAGUCAAGGAGUUUAUGCAAUUGCCAGGUGCUGCACUUGGCCAAGAGCUGAAUGUCUCAUUAAUACCAGCUCAGUGGCUGAUGAUGGCACCGUACAAAUGGCAGGCUGUCCACAUAAGGGCUUCCUCCUUACUGGCUGCAGCUCCCAUUCCUAUACAAGAUUCAGUGAUACAGUGAUGCCUCGAGCAAACAAACAGUGUACAGGACAAAUGGACAUGAUCUCACAUGCUACUUGUUGCCAAGCACCAAGCCUCGAGUGUGAAGUGAAGGAACAGAGCUCCACAGGCUUCACAGAAAAGGUGAUGGUGUCAUGUGAUGAAGAAUGGACACUAACUGGGUGUAGUGCAUAUUCCAAUGGUUCUCACACUCAUGGAGCAUACACUGUGGAUAACAGAUGUAUGGUAAUUUGUUCAGGAAAAGGGAAAGGAUCUAUUUUUCUUAUUUGCAAAUCUCUCUGUCCACCACCUGAGGAGCAAACCAACCAAUUGCACUGAGAGGCGAGCUUAGAAUUUGUCCAUUUCUAAUCGGAGACACCCACCACCAAAGCAAUUCGGAAUGACAUCGAUAUUCUGUUAGGUCUCUUAAAGCUCAGUCAUAAGGCUGUAGGAAGUGUUAAACCGAUUUGGUGAAGAGAACUUGAAAGUCAUAUCACUUGCUCAGCAAAGCUAAAGAACUCAUCUGGAGAAACACACAUUUUAAAUAAUUGCUGAGACUGAUGAUUUAAGUUUUAUUCAUUCACAGGAUGUAGGUGCCAUUGGCAAGACCAGCAUUUAUUAUCCAGCCCUAUACAUCUGAUUGAAAUGACCCAGCAAGGCAGAGGGCAGGUAAAAGUCAAUCAACCACUUUGCUCUGGGUCUGGAGUUACAUAUAGGCCAGACUGGAUAAGGGCGGCAGAUUUCCUUCCCCAAAGGACAUUUGAAAAAAAAACCCAUCUGGUUCACUAAUGACAAUCCAGUAGCUUCAUGGUCACCAUUACAGAUACUAUCUCUUAAUCCAGACUUAAUUAAUUAACAAUUUAAAUUCCUAAUUGGUAUUUGAAUUUAUGUCUCUGGAUCAUUAGUCCAGAUCACUGGUUUAUUGGUCCAUUAAUAUACCAUUACGUACUAUAUCUAUUGAACAGGCAAAUUAAAUAUAUUUUGCAUGUGAAGGAACAUACUUUCAAAAGAAAGAAAUUAAUUCCUCAGUAGGGUAGGUUCCCUCUAAUUCUACAUGACUAUUGAUUAUAUAAUUCACGUUUUAUUGGAUGCUGGAAGAUUAAAAGCAGUAGCUCAGUUGUGCUUUAUUGUUAAAGUGCUGCACUUCUCAAAACUAAAUUAAUAGCCAAUGUUCAUUAAUAUAAAAGUUAUUCCCUCCAUCCAAUAAUAAAACCACCAUGUAUAUAAAUAGCCAGCACCAUUGUUCUGAAUAUUUGUAAAUAUUUUUGAGGAUGUGAUCAUAUUCUACA